ACGAUCACCAUAAUCCAUCGUGAAAAAGAAAGGCUUAGUGAAGGUGGGUUCCUCUUUUCUUUCUCCCGACGAUUACCCUUGUUGUUUUCUCGGAUUCGAGAUCAAGGAAUAAGAUCUCUUUCGCUAGCAUUUGGUCGGCAUGUCAAGUGGACCGGUGAGAAGGGUGUCUCGUCAAGAUAUACAGUUGGUUCAAAACCUUAUAGAGCGAUGCCUCCAACUGUACAUGAACCAGAAAGAAGUUGUGGACACCCUACUGGAGCAGGCUAAGAUAGAGCCUGGAUUUACAGAACUAGUUUGGCAGAAGCUUGAAGAAGAGAAUCGGGAAUUUUUCAAGGCUUAUUAUCUCAGGCUCAUGGUGAAGCACCAGAUAAUGGAAUUCAACAAGCUGCUUGAGCAGCAAGUUCAGCUCAUGCGUCAGCUUCACCCUACUGAAGUUGAUCCUGUCCAGACUACAAAUGGUUCUCAUAUUCCAUCAGCGCAUCAGAAGCAAGUAUGCUAUGCACCAGAGCACACUGAUCAAUCCUUGAAGUCAGAAAAUGCACAUAAUCAUCCAAUGGCUUCUGCUCUGUCCAAUGCAUUCCUCAACGGAGGCUCAUCGUUGAAUACAGAUGUGCCACCUUCUGUAGACAUUUCAACCCAUGCUAGGAGAGUUGAUGCUCCUCCAAACAUGCUUUCCUCACAGGUAACUAGCAUGCAUCUGAUGCAAGGUAUGAAUGGUGGAGGAAUGAUCAAACCCGAGGAUGGUUAUUCGAUGUGUGGUCAGUUCAUGUAUGGUGGUGACCGGACUACCCUUGAGGCACAUUCCUCAGUAGUCGGAGAUGCUUCCGUUGGAUCUUUCAGUAGCGAGUCCAACAACCAACCCCUCAAUGAUCCGCUUCUUGAUGCAGACACUUCUACUUUCGGGUUUUUAGGACAAAUCCCUCGGAAUUUCAGUCUCUCUGAUCUGACAGCUGAUUUCUCCCAGAGUUCAGACAUUCUGGAGAGCUAUGAUCGGUCGCCUUUCCUUGUGAACGAUAACGAAAACUUCCUGGACUCUCGAGAGAGGGGAGAGUACCAAGGGGACAACAAGAGAUUGGAGACAAUAUCUGAAGGAUUUAGUUACGACAACCUCGGAAGCGAUUGAGUAGCAACAGGGUUUUGUUUCUUUUCAUGGCUUGUGUACAGAGGUUCUUAGAAUCAACAAAGAUAGCUUUUGGAACCUUUCAGCUUCGGCCUUUUUCUCCUUAUGCAAAGACUUGUUGAGUGGGUGUAUUAUAGGGUCACUAACAUUGUUAUUAUUACUUAGUAAGAGGUUCUUUUUGUUAGCUUUUUAUUGCUAAUAUUACAGAUUAAGAACUUGUAAUUUUAGUGCGUGAAUUAUCUCACUUUACUUUUAUUUUUAUUUUUAUCUCUUCUC